AGAGCUAAGUCUAGGUUCUCCCGGAAGGAUCAAGGGUCUGGAGGCCACUGGGUUUGGCGAGGCCGCCCCUGGAGGCGCUGAGUAGGGCUGCUGCGGGGUGGGGUUUGGGUAGACCCAAGAAGGGGCCGAGCUGGGUUGACAACUGAGUUCCCUAGGCUCCAGAUUGGCCAAGGGCGGAGUUUGACGUUUGGCGUUGUCUGAGAAGCUUUGGGAAGCUGUCUGUGUUGUGGGUGGGGUUUGGGUAGAUGGUAAAGGGGAGGGUAAGGGGCUAUAGAGACCCUCCUGUGUUCUAUCGAGUAGAGAAACUUAAGCGACAGGGCAUCAGAUGAGCUAUGCUGGGAAUAGGUGAAGGAGAGAACUUUGGGAUGAAGUGGACAAAAGUAUAGGUAAGCUUUUGGGUAAAGUUUGAUGGAGGUUAAAUUUAGGAGACAGUUGCUUAGAAGAGCAAGGCCCUUACUUGGAUCCAGGGUUUGGGGGGAUUGGGGAGCUGAAUAAAGUCCUAGAACUCAGACAGCAAAGUUAGGACUUGGAAUCUAGUGAUGCAAAGGGACAUAACAAGAAGGCAAAUUUGGGACUCCGGGAUGCUGGACCGACUAGGGUAGCUCGGUAGCACCUCUGGCAACUCAGGUGCCAUGGCCUUGAUUGAAGGGGUAGGUGAUGAGGUGACUGUCCUUUUCUCGGUGCUUGCCUGCCUUCUGGUGCUGGCCCUUGCCUGGGUCUCAACACAUACCACUGAGAAUACAGACCCCCUGCCACAGCCAUCAGGGACCACAACACCAGCACAGCCCAGUGAAGCCAUGGCAGCCACAGACAGCAUCAGAGAGGAGGCCCCGGGGGCUGAGAGCCUCAGCCUGAGACACAGAGGUCCAUCUGCACAGCCAGAGCCUGACACAGGGGUCACAGCCACAACACCACCUCCGGACUCCCUUCAGGAACCCCUAGUGCUACGGUUGAAGUUUCUCAAUGACUCUGAGCAGGUGGCCAGGGCCUGGCCUCAGGACACCAUUGGCUCCUUGAAAAGAACCCAGUUUCCGGGCCGGGAACAGCAGGUUCGACUCAUCUACCAAGGCCAACUGCUAGGAGACGACACCCAGACACUGGGCAGCCUCCACCUCCCCCCCAACUGCGUUCUCCACUGCCACGUGUCCACGAGAGUCGGUCCCCCACGUCCCCCCUGCCCACCAGGGUCAGAGCCCGGCCCCUCCGGGCUGGAAAUCGGCAGCCUUCUGUUGCCUCUGCUGCUUCUGCUGCUGCUCCUGCUCUGGUACUGCCAGAUCCAGUACCGGCCCUUCUUUCCCCUGACAGCCACCCUGGGCCUGGCCGGUUUCACCCUGCUCCUCAGUCUCCUGGCCUUUGCCAUGUAUCGCCCGUAGUGCCUCCACGGGCUUUUGGCAGUGUGGCCAGCCCCUCCGGACCUCACUCCCCAAGGCGCAAAGGGAGCUGCUGUCUGCCCAGGCCCACCUCACCCGCUGCCUGCCUUUUCCCACUACCCUGGAGCCCAGCCUUGCGCCGCAGAGGACUCCAGGGGUUAGCGGAGGCUUCUCCCUGUGAUCUUCAUCGCUCUGGGCCAUCUCCUGGGGCUGCUGGCCCUCAGCCUUCGCAGACAGUAGGUUCUUCUGGAGCAGGCACUUGCUGUCGCUGCCUUGGCCCGGUGCAAAGCCGGGCCACCCCACUGGGCCCAUCUUAGUGUGCUGCUGCCAGGGGACCUAGGUAUGUCUAGUUCCAAAGAGCUGCCGUGGUUGAGUU